UUGUGUAGAUCAUUGAGAGAGAGAAAAAACUAACAAUUCAAUGAAUUUCAAUCCCACUGUGUAACGCAACAAAAUGCGGAAAAAAUACAAGCGGGUGAAUAUUUAUGAUACCCACUCUGGUAUGCACCGUUGCGUGUUGUUUUCUGUCACAUGCGGAAAUGAUUGGAAGAGUUUCUAUGUCUUUAUAAAUUGCACUCAAGGUCGGUCUGUCUGUGUUGUAACGUUUCCUUAUUGUUGACAAUAUGUUUUGGUUGAUGGACAUGAAGGGAAUGUGCUUUUUACCAGUUUUCUUGGUCAUCUGGUCAUCCAGCACGUUUAUUGUCUCCUACAUAAUUGCAUUGUCCGAGCAUGAUUUGGGUUUCAUCUUACCCUAUAUAAGUGAAAUUGGGGCUGAACCCCCAGAGAGUUGUAUCUUUGGCUUGAUGACGGUCAUCACUGCAUUUGCAGUUAUGGCCACCAUGUAUACGAGAUACAAGUUUGUGGAGAAGCUCAAUGAGAAGGCGGGUGGUGUGCCCCCAGCACUGAACCAGGCUGCUUUCUGGAUUGGAAUGCUUUCUUGUUUGGGGAUGUGUUUUGUCGCUACUUUCCAGGAAACAACAAUUAUUCAAGUUCAUGAUGCAGGUGCAAUACUCUUCUUCGUUUCUGGUGUGUUGUACAUCAUCCUCCAGUCCAUUAUAUCCUAUAAGGCCUUCCCCUAUGGAUGUUCCUUGGCCUUGUGUCGUGUGCGCACAGGAAUGGCAACCAUGGCCUUCCUGGCAGUCCCCCCCACUAUUAUCUGUGCCUUACUGCAUAGAACUGAAGACAAGGACAAUGUGUUCCAUCUGGUGAGUGCUGUGAGUGAGUGGAUCAUGGUCUUCAGCUUCAUCUUCUUCUUCUUCACCUACAUCCAUGACUUUAAAAAGUUUACUCUGAAGCUGAGAACAGAGUUUGUUUCCUGACAAAGCAGAGAUGUUCCAUCGGGUUUAAGUCCGGGCUCUGGCUGGGCCACUCAAGGACAUUGAGGCUUGUCCCGAAGCCACUCCUGCGUUGUCUUGUCUGUGUGCUUAGGGUCGUUGUCCUGUUCGAAGGUGAACCUUCACCCCAGUCUGAGGUCCUGAGUGCUCUGGAGCAGGUUUUCAUCAAGGAUUUCUAUGUAUCUUUCCCUAGAUCCUGACUAGUCUCCCAGUCCCUGCCACUGAAAAACAUCCCCACAGCAUGAUGCUGCUACCACCAUGCUUCAUUCUAUUUCUCGAAACAAGAUUCUUGGCAUUCAGCCCAAAUAGUUCAAUGUUUGUUUCUUCUGACCAGAGAAUCUUGUUUCUCAUUAUCUGAGUCCUUUAGCUGCCUUUGGGCAAACUCCAAGCAGGCUGUCUUUUUCUGAGGAGUGGCUUCUAUCUGGCCACUCUACCAUAAAGGCCUGAUUUGUGGAGUGCUGCAGAAAUGGUUGUCAUUCUGGAAGGUUCUCCCAUCUCCAAAGAGGAACUCUGGAGCUCUGACAGAGUAACCAUCAAGUUUUUGGUUACCUUCCUGACAAAGGCCCUUCUCCCCCGAUUGCUCAGUUUGGCCGGGUGGCCAGCUCUAGGAAGAGUCUUGGUGGUUCCAAACUUCUUCCAUUUAAGAAUGAUGGUGGCCACUGUUUUCUUGGGGACCUUCAAUGCUGCAGAAAUGUUUUGGUACCCUUCCCCAGGUCUGUGCUUCAACCACAAACCUGUCUCAGAGCUCUACAGACAAUUGCUUUGACCUCAUGACUUGGUUUUUGCUCUGACAUUCACUGUCAAUUGUAGGACCUUAUAUAGACAGGUGUGUGCCUUUCCAAAUCAUAUCCAAUCAAUUGAAUUUACCACAGGUGGACUCCAAUCCAGUUCUAAACAUCUCAAAGACGAUCAAUGGAAACAUGAUCCACCUGAGCUCAACUUCAAGUCUCAUAACAAAGGAUCUGACUACUUAUUUAAGUAAGGUAUUUUUU